AUGUCGCGGCGGCGACACAGCGACGACAGCGAUGGUGAGUCAGGGCAGCCCCACAAGAGACGAAGGACGUCCGAGCCGUCGGAGAUCGAGGAGAGGCUCGAGUCGCUGAUCUGCAGGGUGGGAGAGAAGAGCAAUUCAUCUUUGGAGAGCAACUUGGAGGGCCUAGCUGGUGUUUUGGAAGCUGAUCUGCCAAAUUACAAAAGCAAGAUACUAAGAAUACUAUGUACUGUUGCACGUCUGUUACCAGAAAAGCUUACUGUUUAUACCACACUGGUUGGGCUGCUGAAUGCCAGGAACUACAAUUUUGGUGGGGAGUUUGUAGAAGCCAUGAUUCGCCAGCUUAAAGAAUGUCUGAAAGUCAAUAUGUAUAACGAGGCCGUGCAUUUAGUUCGUUUUCUGUCCGACCUUGUGAAUUGUCAUGUGAUAGCUGCACCUUCAAUGGUAGCUAUGUUUGAGAACUUUGUGAGUGUGACACAGGAGGAAGAUGUACCCCAAGUACGAUGUGACUGGUAUGUCUUUGCAUUUCUGUCAUCUUUGCCUUGGGUUGGAAAGGAGCUAUAUGAGAAGAAGGAUGCUGAAAUGGAUCGUCUGUUGUCACAGACAGAAAGUUAUUUGAAGCGCCGCCAGAAGAUUCAUGUCCCCAUGCUACAAGUCUGGACUGCUGAUAAACCACAUCCACAAGAAGAGUAUUUAGACUGCCUUUGGUCUCAGAUUCAGAAGCUGAAGAAAGACCGUUGGCAAGAGCGACACAUCUUGAGGCCCUACCUGGCUUUUGACAGCAUUCUUUGUGAAGCCCUGCAACACAAUCUGCCUCCCUUCACUCCACCACCUCAUACUGAAGAUUCUGUGUAUCCAAUGCCAAGGGUUAUUUUUAGGAUGUUUGACUACACAGAUGACCCUGAGGGACCUGUCAUGCCUGGCAGCCACUCUGUUGAAAGAUUUGUGAUAGAAGAGAACCUUCACUGCAUCAUCAAAUCCCACUGGAAAGAGAGAAAGACUUGUGCUGCACAGCUGUUGAGCUAUCCAGGAAAUAACAAGAUCCCUUUGAACUACCACAUAGUAGAGGUGAUAUUUGCAGAACUGUUUCAGCUUCCAUCUCCUCCACACAUUGAAGUCAUGUACACAACACUGCUGAUUGAACUGUGCAAACUUCAGCCUGGCUCAUUACCACAAGUUCUUGCACAAGCCACAGAAAUGCUCUACAUGCGUUUGGAUACAAUGAAUACAACAUGUGUGGACAGAUUUAUUAACUGGUUUUCUCACCACUUGAGCAACUUCCAGUUCCGUUGGAGCUGGGAAGAUUGGUCAGAUUGUCUUACUCAGGACCUUGAAAAGCCCAAACCCAAAUUUGUGAGAGAAGUUCUGGAGAAGUGCAUGCGACUCUCCUACCAUCAACGGAUAAUAGACAUUGUUCCUGCAAGUUUUUCUGUCCUCAGUCCUGCUAAUCCAGUGUGCAUUUACAAGUAUGGAGAUGAAAGUAACAGGUCUCUUCCUGGAUAUACUGUGGCACUCUGUUUAACAAUUGCAAUUAAAAAUAAGGCCAGUAAUGAUGAAAUCUUCAGCAUUUUAAAAGACGUGCCUAAUCCAAACCAGGAUGAUGAUGAUGAUGAAGGAUUUACCUUCAACCCUCUGAAAAUAGAAGUCUUUGUUCAGACUCUGCUCCAUCUAGCUGCCAAGUCUUUCAGCCACUCCUUCAGUGCCCUGGCAAAGUUUCAUGAAGUCUUCAAAACGCUUGCUGAAAGUGAUGAGGGGAAACUCCAUGUCCUGAGGGUUGUGUAUGAGGUUUGGAAGAAUCACCCACAGAUGAUUGCUGUGCUUGUGGACAAGAUGAUUCGGACACAAAUCGUUGACUGCGCUGCUGUAGCAAACUGGAUCUUCUCCUCCGAACUUGCCCACGAUUUUACUAGGUUUUAUAUCUGGGAGAUCUUACAUUCCACAAUUCGUAAGAUGAAUAAGCAUGUUCUGAAGAUUCAUAAAGAGCUGGAGGAGACUAAGGCAAGACUGGCCAGGCAGCACAAAAGGCGAGACAGUGACGACGAUGAUGAUGACGAUGACCGAAGCAGUGACAGGGAGGAUGGACCCCUGGAAGAGCAGAUAGAGCGCUUGCAGGAGAAGGUGGAAACAGCCCAGAGUGAGCAGAAGAAUCUCUUCCUUGUUAUAUUCCAGCGUUUCAUAAUGCUGUUAACUGAGCACUUAGUGCGCUGCGAGACCAGUGGGAUUGAUGUAUUCACACCUUGGUACAAGAGCUGCAUAGAGAGGUUGCAGCAGAUCUUCCUGCAGCAUCACCAGAUAAUCCAGCAGUACAUGGUGACCCUGGAGAACCUCCUGUUUACAGCUGAACUGGACCACCACAUACUGGCUGUGUUUCAGCAGUUCUGUGCUCUGCAGGCUUGAGGAUUGUUGAUGGGCACA